ACGUUUCCAACGUAAAUUUGAACGUAGGGCUGUGCCAUGGUUGGGAGUCAUAUUUACGCUAACUCUGUUGUCUCAUGUAGCAAUUAUAACCACUGUCAUUGUGUGGACAUUAGAAAGUUGUGCCAAUGAAUAUCGACUUCAGUUAAAUGACACGGAUAACGUUAACUAACUAGUCACACCCGGAAGUACAGACAUGGAGUUUCUCCCAGUACUUGACCCUCUAGAUAAGCCCAAAGAGGGAUUGUGGUAUUCUUUGAUACCCAGGGGAGAUGCUCCAGGUGUUAGUGUGGGUCACACCUGCACAUUUAUCCCAUCUGCAGAUGGAGGAAAAGGAAGAGUCUGUAUUGUUGGUGGAGCCAACCCCAGCGGCACCUUGUCAGAUUCCCAUAUCAUAGAUCUAGACAAUCAUGAAUGGGACAUCCCAGAGUGGAGAGGUUUCAAGUCACGGUAUGAACACUGCAGCUUUGUGCCAGAGAGCUGCCCUCAGAGCCUGUGGGUGUUUGGAGGGGCACAGCAGACUGGCAAUCACAAUAGUAUCCAGAAUAUGCAGCUACAAGACAGUGGGUCUCAGUGGAAGAAUGUAUCGGUGAAUGGCAGCCCCCCCAGUCCCAGGACAUACCAUGGCAACUCAGCCUGCAUAGAGGACAAACUGUAUGUCUUUUCUGGUGGGGAAGCAGGAGCUGCACCUGUCUCAGACCCCAAACUUCAUGUCUUUGACACAGUGUCCUCCACCUGGUCCCAGCCAGAAACACAAGGCAGAAACCCACCGGGCAGACACGGCCACGUUGUCGUAGCAGUGGGUUCAAAGAUCUACAUUCAUGGAGGAAUGGCUGGAGAAAAAUUCUACAAGGAUAUGUUCUCUCUUGACACAAGCAGCAUGAAGUGGGAGAAGGUGCAGGUUAAAGGAGACAUUCCACCAGGAGUAGCAGCCCACUCAGCCGUGGUGCUGGGUAAGAGCAUCUACAUUUUUGGGGGGAUGACUGCAGAUGGAGCCGGCAACUCCAUGUACAGAUUCAACACAGAUAAAAGUAGGUGGGUCCUCAUGAAGUUUGAAGGGGAUAUGCCACCCAACCGCCUGGACCAUUCUAUGUGUUUAUUGCCAUGGAAGGUGCGUGGUGAGGGGAAUGGAGAAGAGGAACAAGCCAACAGCCCAGCAGCCUCAGAGACAACAAAUCUGGCCUUUGUAUUUGGAGGAAUGGACACUCAGGGUGUCAUUCAUAAUGACUGUAUUGUGACUGUGGUGUCUUGAUGUUGAAAUAGUCAUUUAGUUGUAAUAAAAUGUUUGUGAAGUA